AUGUUAAAAGUGAAAUCACUUCGUUUAGAUAGCAAAGAAUUGAAGACAAAAAAACCUGCUAAUCCAGUUGUGGAUUACUACUUUCUCUCCUAUAUUUCCUGUUUAAAUCCUGUUCUAGAGUCUUUCAUUAUUGCUUCCAGCGAAUCGCCAUCAUAUCAUACGGGAAGUAGCGAACCACCGAAUGAUCUCAUUUUGCCGCCGAUGGGCGGUAGUAUCGAUACCUCAGAUAGACGACUUCGACGUCAAAUUGCCAACUGUAACGAACGUCGACGUAUGCAAAGCAUCAACGCUGGUUUUCAAUCAUUGAAGUUGUUAUUGCCCCGAAGAGAUGGUGAAAAAUUAAGUAAGGCUGCUGUUUUGCAGCAGACAGUGGAAUUAAUUCAAACAUUACGAGCCGAAAAAAUGAAACUGAUCGAGGAGAAAGAAUCAGUUAUCAAUGCCAAAAAGCGAAAAAUUCAAGAUGAAAAUACCAGAGAACGUAGUAUUAUCGAUGAAUUAACGACCGCUCUCGAAUAUGAACGUCGGUUGCGUCAGCUAUAUGAGCGCGUGUUAAAUUUAUGGGUUCAUUCUCCAUUCUUCUCUCAUUUACUGUUAAAGCCGAGCGGCUCACUCAUCAAUUCUGCAGUUGCCUUGCAAAACAUGAUACCUCCUCUUUUACAGGAUCGAGGAUUUACAGGACUUGUAUCUCCCUCGCUUUUUAUUCACAGUUUGCUGAACAGCGCAGGAGUAAUUAAUAACAGAAGUAAUGGGAGCAAAGUUGAUGAUAUGGAAAAUGGCACUGGUCAGCAGCAGCAGAUGGCGAACAUUGAUGUUAUCAAGCUAUCAAGUAAUCCAAUGACAGAAGUACCAGGGACAUUUACACAGCUUACAGACAGCUCAAAGUCAGCAUCCCAUCGCAGUCAGCCAGCAGCAGUCGAUUUGCUUACACAGCCUCCACCAUUCUUCUUUAAUUCUGUGAGCAAUACAAAUACGACUACAAACUUGAAUCCUAACUUCUACACUAUUCUUGAAGCGAUUCGGCAGUUAGAAGAAAGCACUUCCGGCGAUCUUAGUGAUUCCAAAGUAAAUCAGCAGAAACAGCAGCAGCAAACAAAUGUACUGGUCCGCUAA